AUGAUUAUUAAGUUGGUGGUUGGAGGGUGCACCCUAAACAUCGUUAGCGCCUAUGCGGCGCAUGCGGGCCUAGAUGAGGAGGUUAAACGGCACAUCUGGGAGGGGUUAGAUGAGAUUGUGCGCCAGAUUCUGCCUACUGAGAAGCUAUUAAUAGGAGGGGAUUUCAAUGGGCAUAUGGGGUCGACCACAGGUGAUUAUGGCGAGGUGCAUGGAGGCUUCGAUUUUGGCGAGAGGAACAGAGGAGAUACAUCGUUGUUGGACUUCGCUAAGACUUUUGGGUUGGUGAUUGCAAACUCUAGCUUUCCAAAGAGGGAGGGGCACUUGGUUACUUUUCAAAAUAUGGUGGCAAAGACUCAGAUUGACUAUCUCCUCCUGAGGAGGUGUGACAGAGGGUUGUUGAAGGAUUGUAAGAGGAGGAAAAGGUCUGCUCGAGGAAGACGAGAAUCAGGUGGGGAUCCUUAA